AUGUUGUGUGUCUAUAUAUCUAUCGAUCUUCAUAUCUAUCUAUCUUCAUAUCUAUCUACCUUCAUAUCUAUCUAUCUAACUUCAUAUCUAUCUAUCUAUCUAUCUAUCUUCAUAUCUAUCUAUCUAUCUAUCUUCAUAUCUAUCUAUCUUCAUAUCUAUCUAUCUAUCUUCAUAUCUAUCUAUCUAUCUAACUUCAUAUCUAUCUGCUCUAUCCCACGACCCCGUGAACUGGCGUCAGCUGGUGAUGCAUCCAGCAGCGCAGCAAUACACCUCCCACCCCGCCGUCCAUCACUGUGUCAACUUACAGGUCUACUGAUUUUGAUCACAAUCCUGGCAAGGAUCGAAUCGUUCAAUUGUUUUGGUCUGGGCAAAGUGAAGUUACAAGUAAAAAAAAACUUUGUCUAUCUAUCUAUCUAUCUAUCUAAGUCUGUUCAUAUCUAUGUUUAUCAGUAUAUCUUUAUAUCUACUUAUCUAUUUGUUCACAUAUAUCUAUAUCUUUAUCUAUCCAUCUAUCUAUCUAUCUCGGUCUGUUCACUUAUAUCUAUCUAUCUAUCUAUCUAUCUAGGUCUGUUCAGGUCUCUAUCUAUCUAUCUAUCUAUCUAUCUAUCUAGGUCUGUUCACUUAUAUCUAUCUAUCUAUCUAUCUAGGUCUGUUCACUUAUAUCUAUCUAUCUAUCUAUCUAUCUAUCUAUCUAGGUCUGUUCACUUAUAUCUAUCUAUCUAUCUAUCUAGGUCUGUCUGUUCACUUAUAUCUAUCUAUCUAUCUAUCUAUCUCGGUCUGUUCACUUAUAUCUAUCUAUCUAUCUAUCUAUCUAGGUCUGUUCACUUAUAUCUAUCUAUCUAUCUAUCUAUCUAUCUAUCUCGGUCUGUUCACUUAUAUCUAUCUAUCUCGGUCUGUUCACUUAUAUCUAUCUAUCUAUCUAUCUAUCUCGGUCUGUUCACUUAUAUCUAUCUAUCUCGGUCUGUUCACUUAUAUCUAUCUAUCUAUCUAUCUAUCUAUCUAUCUAUCUAUCUAUCUCGGUCUGUUCACUUAUAUCUAUCUAUCUAUCUAUCUAUCUAUCUAUCUCGGUCUGUUCACUUAUAUCUAUCUAUCUAUCUAUCUAUCUCGGUCUGUUCACUUAUAUCUAUCUAUCUAUCUCGGUCUGUUCACUUAUAUCUAUCUAUCUAUCUAUCUAUCUAUCUCGGUCUGUUCACUUAUAUCUAUCUAUCUAUCUAUCUAGGUCUGUUCACUUAUAUCUAUCUAUCUAUCUAUCUCGGUCUGUUCACUUAUAUCUAUCUAUCUAUCUAUCUAGGUCUGUUCACUUAUAUCUAUCUAUCUAUCUAUCUAUCUAGGUCUGUUCACUUAUAUCUAUCUAUCUAUCUAUCUAUCUAUCUAUGUCUGUUCACUUAUAUCUAUCUAUCUAUCUAUCUAUCUAUGUCUGUCUGUUCACUUAUAUCUAUCUAUCUAUCUAUCUAUCUAGGUCUGUUCACUUAUAUCUAUCUAUCUAUCUAUCUAGGUCUGUUCAUCUAUAUCUAUCUAUCUCUCUAUCAUCUAUCAUCUAGGUCUGUUCAUUAUAUCUAUCUAUCUAUCUAUCUAUCUAUCUAUCUAGGUCUGUUCACUUAUAUCUAUCUAUCUAUCUAUCUAUUCAUCUAUCUCGGUCUGUUCACUUAUAUCUAUCUAUCUCGGUCUGUUCACUUAUAUCUAUCUAUCUAUCUAUCUCGGUCUGUUCACUUAUAUCUAUCUAUCUAUCUAUCUAUCUAUCUAUCUAUCUAUCUAUCUAUCUCGGUCUGUUCACUUAUAUCUAUCUAUCUAUCUAUCUAUCUAUCUAUCUCGGUCUGUUCACUUAUAUCUAUCUAUCUAUCUAUCUAUCUAUCUAUCUAUCUAUCUAUCUAUCUCGGUCUGUUCACUUAUAUCUAUCUAUCUAUCUAUCUAUCUCGGUCUAAAAUGUCUCUAACAUGUUUUUAUCUAUCUCUCUAUCUAUCUAUCUAUCUUCGUAUCUAUCUAUCUAUCUAUCUAUCUAUCUAUCUAUCUCAGAUUAAUAACGGGUAG